AAAAUAACAAAAUAAGCAAUAAAUUAAAAGCCAUAGAUAAUCAUCAUGUAUGUAUGAUGACAAUAUGAAGAUUGGAGUAGCAACAAAAUUGUUGUUUAUUUGCCUGAAAAGAAAAGAAAGUGGUAAGAAUUGAGAUGCAAAAAGGGUCUCAAAAUACAAGACCUAAUACUAGACUAGGCCUUUUUCAUCUUUUGAUUGAUAAUCAGAGGAGUAAUCAUUUUAGAAUAAUAAUGCCCAUCAUCACAAAAGAAAAGAAAAGAAAAGAAAAAGAUGAACAACAAAAAGUAUCAAAUGCAAAAUAAUUAUUUAUGUGUACACACACAUAUAUGUGUAGUACUAUAUUCAUUAAUCAAAUUAUCCUCCCUCAUCUUUAUUUUCAACUUUAACUUCAUUUUUUCAGAAACCCUUUUGAAGUUUGUUUUCUUUCAGAGACAAAAUCAUCCCACUUUUUUGUACUGUCAAAAAACAUAUAACCACUACUCAUAACCCUCUUUUGCUUUCUUGCCAACACCCGGGGAUCUCCGCUCCAGAAACGAUCCGCACCGUCGAAAGUACAGAUCCCACACUCGGGAGCCAAACUCCAUGGACCUCCCAAGAAUACCCAUCCCCAUGCCCCAGCCUCUUCUCUGUCAAGCACACAUUCAAACUUUCCACUGUACAAACAUGCCUGUCUUGUCCACUACACAUUUCCCUCCAUGUUGAUGGUGCUUUUCUUCUUCGUCUUCUUCUUCUUCCACUCUCCACUGUCGGACUCUGCAACUGUGACUGUUGAUGGAGUCUCGCCAUGGCCGAACCCUAAUCUUCAUAUUGGAGACUCUGUUGUUUUCCAGCACAGAUUCCAUUACAAUCUGUACGUGUUCCAGACAGAGGAAGCUUUCGAUCUCUGCAACUUCUUGCGCGCCACGCUCUUGACGAAGCCCAAUUCGUCUUCUUACACUUGGCGAACUUCCCGCCCUGGAUUGUUCUACUUCGGAUUCAGCAAUGGCUCGAACGUGGCGUGCUUACAAGGCCAGAAAUUCUCCGUGAAGGUGGUCUCGGCUGCGCCGGCGCCGGUUCCGGUUCCGGCGCCGGCGAUUGUUGCUGGAGGAGUUGUGGCUUCUUCUCCGGCGUUUCCGUGGCCGUUCCAACCCCGAGAAAGGACUUCCCGUUCGCCGAGUCCUGCCCCUGGUUCGUCGCUGACCGCAGCCGUCGGCCCGGCGGCGCCGGACAGGGGAGUGCCGUUUAUUAACAGUAAUCCGGCGGUGCCGCUGCCCACCGGAGAAGUUGAUUCUGCUACUAUCCGGCCAUUGCCGACGUCUGGCUGUCACCGCCGCGACGAUCAGGUGGUGGGCUUUCUUGAAGUUGUGAGAGCUUUGAGCUGCAUAAUUUUGCUUGUAAUGAUGGCCUAGAGUGAGAGAGAGAAAGAAUGUAAAGUGGACUUAAAGUUGUAAUGAUUGUAGCAUAUGAGAGAGAAGUCUUGACCCU